AUGGAGCAAAUCGAUUGGAGUGAUCCAGGAUUUUUCUUCCGAGACAAGCUGAAGAAAAGCUCCACAACUGUAGAAGAGGAGUUCCGGAAAAUAAAAACCCACAGAUCAGAAAGAAAUAAAAGGACCUCGGCAUCAAUGAUCUUUUGCCUUGUUGUAGAGAGCUCGAGAGAAUGGAAGGGAAUGUAUGUCCAGGCAACACUGGAGGGGAAGAUGUUUGAGAUGAAGGCCAGAACCGAAAUACAUCCCCAGAGCUUUCUAAUAGUUGAAUACAACAAAGAGCCGGCCCGCAGAGAGCCGCUUUGUGUCAACAUUGAGGUGUGGGGCCCAGAAGAAAUGAUCUCUACAAAAAGAUUCAGGAUCUUGGAACUGGAGCAAUCUUCAAAAACACCAAUUUCUUUUAGGAUAGUCUAUGAGGGAAGAGAAGAGGAUGUUGGGAUGGAAGUCCAUUGUCUUCAAACAAAUCGAAAUGCAAGUCAGGUCCACGAAGACAUAAGGGUCAUAGGACACCGAGGAUGUGGAAUGAAUGGGCUCCCCACAACAAAGAUGACAGAGAAUACAAUCUCCUCGUUCAAAGAGGCAUAUAGAAGAGGAGCAAGGUGGGUUGAGACGGAUGUACAGCUCACAAAAGAUCAUGUUCCUGUAAUUUUCCAUGACUUUGUAAUCCAGACCAGCACAUCUUCUGUGGGAAUAAGUGAGAUAACACUCAAGGAAUUUCUCCAUAUUGUAGGAAACCAGGACGAAGAAAACUGUAGUCUUCCCUGCACGCUUUCGAGACUUCUGGAACAAAUUGACGAUAGGCAUGGAGUCAACAUAGAGAUAAAAUAUCCCCUUCCGUCCGAGGAAAGAAGGUACAAACUGAAGAACCUGGUUCCUGUCGAAAAGGUCGUUGAGAAAGUUGUGGAGGUGGUUCAGAUAAGCAGGAGGCAGAAGGUGAUCUUUUCAUCAUUCCACCCAUAUGUUCUUCUGAUGAUCAAGCUGAGGCUUCCUAACUUCGGCAUCUUCAUGCUAACAGAAGCAAAGGACAACGGAGAGAAUCCAUAUACAAAUACCCUGUACGAUGCCUUAUACUUUUGUACAAAACUGGGGCUUGAUGGGGUUGUUCUGGACUGGAAUUGCAUGGCUACUAACCCAACAGAUAUCGUCAAGAUUUUCAAGGCGUUUGAUCUGAAGACACUUGUGUACGGCGAUGAGAUUAAUGAUAGGAACGUCAUAGACACUUUGAACCAAGCAGGAGUGAAUGGAAUAAUAAUAGACGAUUUAGAACUGAUCUGUAAUGCAGGCAACAGGGAUUGCUGA